AUGUACUCUCUUGGUGUGUCCUUUUGGAUGUCUUCUCAAAAGAAAGAUGUGUUGCGUUACUAUUGUUUUGCUGCAAUUGCAAAGAGGAAACCACUUGGGGCACCUGUUAUAAAUGAGUAUGCAGAUGCCCAGCUGCAAAACCUAGUAAGGAGAAUGCACCAAAGAACAGCUCUAUACAAGAGAAAGCUGACAGAGGGAGAAAUAUCUUCACCCAUACCCAGUCCACACACUGCAAAACCCACAGCUGCAUCAUCAACGCAAGAAAGCAAUUCCAAGCUAAAAAAAGAACCUAACUGUGGCGUGUUGUGUUGCAAAUUCCAGAAGGUGCCUCUGAGAGAGCACUUAAAGAGAUUUAGAAUUCCAAACAGCAUGGACGCACACACAGACAAACUCUAUCUCCUGUGGCUCUUGCUUGUCACCAUGGCUUACAACUGGAACUGCUGGCUGAUACCACUGCGCCUUGUCUUUCCAUAUCAAACACCCAACAACAUGUGCUACUGGCUUGGUAUUGACAUUGUCUGCGAUUGCAUCUACCUUUGUGAUAUGCUAUUAAUCCAGCCCAGACUCCAGUUUAUAAAAGGAGGAGAAAUAAUAGUAGAAUCAAAUGAACUAAAGAGACACUACAGGAAUUCUACAAAAUUCCAGUUGGAUAUUGCAUCAAUAAUGCCUUUUGAUGUUUUCUACCUCUUCUUUGGGUUUAACCCCAUAUUUAGAACAAAUAGGAUAUUAAAGUACACUUCAUUUUUGGAGUUUAAUCAUCACCUCGAGUCUCUAAUAGAUAAAGCAUAUGUCUACAGAAUCAUUCGAACAACUGGAUACUUGCUGUUUAUUCUUCACAUCAAUGCCUGCAUUUAUUAUUGGGCUUCAAAGUAUGAAGGAAUUGGCACAACUAAAUGGGUUUAUAAUGGUGAAGGAAACAAGUAUCUGAGAUGUUAUUAUUGGGCAGUUCGAACUUUAAUAACCAUUGGGGGUCUUCCAGAACCACAAACUUCAUUUGAAAUUGCUUUUCAACUCUUGAAUUUUUUUUGUGGAGUGUUUGUGUUCUCCAGCUUGAUUGGCCAGAUGCGAGAUAUAAUUGGGGCAUCAACAGCCAGUCAGAAUAACUUCCGUGUCUGUAUGGAUCAUACCAUUGCCUACAUGAACAAUUAUUCCAUUCCUCAAGGUGUGCAGAAUCGCGUUCGAACUUGGUUUGAAUACACAUGGGCUUCUCAAAGAAUGUUAGAUGAGUCUGGCUUUCUUGAGACCCUGCCAACCACAAUGCAGUUAUCCAUCGCCAUUGAUAUGAACUUCAGCAUCCUCAGCAAAGUUGACUUAUUCAAGGAUUGUGAUACCCAGAUGAUUUAUGACAUGUUGCUAAGGUUGAAAUCUACUAUUUAUUUACCUGGUGACUUUGUCUGCAGAAAGGGAGAAAUUGGAAGGGAAAUGUAUAUCAUCAAGCGAGGAGAGAUCCAUGUUCUCGGAGGACCUGAUGGUACUCACGUUCUGGUUACUCUGAAAGCUGGAGCAGUGUUUGGAGAAAUCAGCCUUCUGGCAACAGGAGGGGAAAACCGUAGAACUGCUGAUGUAGUGGCCCAUGGGUUUGCCAACCUUUUAACUCUAGACAAAAAGACCCUCCAAGAAAUCCUGCUGCAUUAUCCAGAUUCUAAAAGACUCCUCAUGAAGAAAGCCAGAGUGCUUUUAAAGCAGAAGGGCAAGGCCACAGAGAUAACCCCUCAAAGAAAAGGACUUGCUUUUCUCUUCCCAUCAAAAAAAGAAGCAACCAAGAUAUUUCAAGCUUUUCUGAGAGGCCCAGGAAAAGCAGAUCUUGGAAGACUCUUCACAAUGAAAAGAGAGCAAACAGCUCAGAAAGAAAAUGAAAAUUCCAAAACAGGAGAGGGCAAAGGCGAAGAAUAUGAAGAUAAAGGAAGAAAGCCAGAAGAGAAAACACUGGACAGAGACAAAUGUCAAGCAAGUCAUCCUACAGCACAGGAAAAGCCCCCUUUGACUAGAAGAGCAGUUUUACCACAAGGAACUUCCCACCAACCACUCAUCAUCAGCAUGGCUCCUUCUGCUGAGGCUGGGGAAGAGGUUCUGACUGUUGAAGUCAAAGAAAAGGCUGGGCAAUAA